UACAUUCAUCCAACUGGUGCAUUUUCGUGUUAUUGUUAUUGUUUGUUAACUUAGUCAAACUAUUUGUUUACUUAUUUUGUUGUUAACAACAUUUUAUGGUUAUUACUUUUGCAAUUUAAAAAGUCUUGGUUUUGGAAACUUGAUGAAAAUGAAGUAGGUAACUUAGGCCUAGGCUGGUAAUUUCGAUAGGAAUCUGAAACCAUAGCCUGAACAUUCAUCAUCCUUGGGUACCUUAAUAAUUAUGAUAUCGAGCCAUUCCACGCGAAAGGACAUACUAAACAUGAUGUGUAGGAUAUGUGCUCGGGAAGACUGCAAUUCCAUUGACAUUUUUGGUGUAGAAGGUGUAAAACAAAACCUUGUCAGGAAGAUUCAUGCAUGUCUACCUGUGACUGUCCGGCAAGACGACAACCUUCCAAAACAGAUUUGCCUUACGUGCCUAACAAAACUUGAUACAUGUUGGGCUAUGUACUUGCAGUGUAAGGAGGCACAGACCAAAAUUGAAAAGAAAUUAUAUUCCUUGUCGAGAGAGCGAGACAAAAAUAAUCAGGAAAAUUUAAGCCCCAGUAAUGAAGACGCAUGUUGUGGCGUUUGCGGUCAGGAAGUAGGAGAAGAGGAUUAUGGUGUAGGAUGUGAAGGUGUUUGUAAAAAGUGGUUCCAUACAACAUGUGUACAAAUGACCAUGUUUAAGUACAAUGAGCUGUUGAACAAUCCUAAUAAAUCAUGGCUGUGUCAGGGGUGUAAGACAAAAGCCCCACUGCCAAAAAAAAUAACCCAUGUCAGGCUCAGCGUGGAGGAUAGAUUACGUGAUCUGACUGAGACUUACCCAGUGAAUUUUGGAGAGUCGGCGGUCAUCUGUUUAGCUCCGGACAUUUCGACCCCAACCACCAGUGUCAACAGGGAGGCCCAAGUAGUGCCACAAGCCCCCACAGCGGGGACAAUAGAACCUGUGUUGACACCAGUCACGUAUCUAGCCCCCGCCACAGCCACCCCUACACAGCAAACAGCCCCUGCUGAAGAAAUAUAUCCUCAGGCGUUGAUCCAGGUGCCUCAGAAUCCAGUUAGUGAGCAGCCGAUAGUUUACCAAAACCCCACAGUAGUGGCCCCAGUAGUCGCCCCAGUCGAUACACCAGUUGUUGCUCCCGUUGUCGCUCCAGUACCUGCUCCCCAGUCACUUCCGAGACGGAGAACCGUCGUGCCCAAACCUAUGUCUGUUCAAGCUUCAGCUACACCCCAGCGUGCAGCCCCCACACCGGUGAAGAGACCGAACGAAGAGAAUUUCAAUAAUAUUAAUGGGAAGAAAUUGUGCGUUUAUUGUAAUAAGUAUUUUACUGACGACAUCAUCGACCAUCAUACGAGCUUGCACCUUCGGCAGACAUUCCACACGUGUUUAGACUGCAACAAGAACUUCAGAUCUGAGCAGGCCCUGGAGAGACAUCGUUGUGAGAAUAAUAGUGAAACUAUAAAUCUGGAUGACGACGAUGAAUUGAUCAUUGUUUGAAUUCAGUUUUAAACAUUUGGCCAUUAAAGAGAUUCACUACUUAAGAUAUGUUAAUAUGAAUUAAUGGAGUUGGCAUGAUUUUUUUAUGGUUCACAUCAAAAGGAUAGAAUAUUUUGUUUGUUUAUGGGAAUAAAUACUAAAAAAAAAUACUUGGCCGUCUUAAAAAUUGAUAUAACGUGAGCCUUAUGUGUCAUUUUGUAGGCCAAAUAUUUAGAUAAGAAUAUACAUUUAUCUACUAACUUUUAGUAGAAAUAAAGGCAUCCCCCCCUCUAUUUGAUAAGAAGUUAUGAGCAAUAAUCAUACUUUACUAUUAGAUGAGAUUCAAACUUGUUUUAAAAGUAUAUAGCCUAAUUUAAUUUCCAAAAGUAAUAUGGAUGUAAUUGGGAAAAUAACUAGGCUACUUAAGAAUAUGCAAUACAAAUUUCAACCCAACAUCUCAAGUAAUUUCUGAGAUGUAUCAAUCUUUGUGUUGAAAUAUUCAUGUAAAAGUUAUGCCAGCAAGCUGUGUCACAGACAAAAAUCACUAAUGUGUCCAACACCGUAUUAUUUUCUUUUCUUUUUACAUAUUUAUAGUUACAUACAGUUUUAAAAUUAGUAUUGUAUAUAUUUUUCAUGAAGAAGUUAUUCCAAGAAACAAAAAUGUAUAGUAAAAUAAAAAAAGCUCAGUAGUGAAUCUCUUUACAUUUUCCCUAAAUUUGUAUUGUAUGUAGGCUACGACCACACGAGACGACUUGGCGACAAAGAAUAAAAACAGGUCACGGGUACAAAUGCACUCCCUAAUGUUAACAUACGGCUCCAGCGACAAGUUGCUUUUUCACAUGCUGACUUCUUGCACUGUUUUAAUGUAGGCCUAUAUAUCCUGCCAGUUUUGGUUUGACCAGGGGUAAUGUGUUGUAAAAAAAUUUGCUUUUUUAAUAAUUCAGACAUUUUCAUUGAUGAAAUAAACAAGCUCUAUGAUUCUUAACGAAAUCCUUACCUUACCGCUGUGGUCAUUUAAACCAAAGUAGGUUUUUGGAUCUCCACAACAAUGCGCCUACAUUCUUCUCGGUCUUUGGCUUGCUCGCAAGUUACUCCUGAGGUCUUUUUCCACUUGGUCUUUAUUAGUUUUGUCCAAGUGGUUUCAAAUACUUCUGUACCUUCUUAUUCUUCUGCUUUUGAUUUUGAUGAUAGCUUCAAGUAUGGAUGUUGGUGGAGGUUCCUUAGUUCUUGAUUUCAUCUAAUUCUCCAUUCGCCAUUUUCAUUUACUGGACCAUAUAUUUUUCUUAACACUUUAUUUAACAAAAACUUAACACCUAUAACUUAUUUUCUAUGUUUUUGCUUGGAGCCAAGUUUUCUGUUCUUGGUGUUAAUGUUUAUUGAAAAUAUAACUCCUUGUUGUAAACCUAAAGGAUUAAAUGUCCAAUACAAUGUGAAUGGGAAAUAUCAAGUAUUUUUCAUGAUGUUAUCUUCAAUGUGUCUUUAAGCUCGUCAAAGCUAUGUUUGUCUGAAAAUCCUGAAAAAAAUUUGUGAUUUGAAAAUAAAUCAUCCCUAAAUGUUGUCAGGGAGUGAAAAUUACAUUGGGAAUGCACUCCAAAUCAGCGAUUCCUCUUUCUUUUUGAUGUAAUAAAUAGUUACUCCUUACUCAUUAAAAAAACAAUCACACAGCUAGAAGUAGCUAAAGUGUGGCUUUUCCUGUGGCCAGGCUGUAAAAUAAAUAAAGUCGUUGUGGCCAAGUCGCCAAGUGUGUAGUCGUAGCGUAAGGGGUUGACCAACUGUAUUAGACAUUUGUAGAAAGUUGUAUAAAUGUGUUGUUUUUAUGAAAGUGUAAUCAGUAGGCCUAUUUUUCAAAUCAUACAUAGAAUAAAACCUUUAAUUACUUUCUAAUGUAUUAAAUUCAAUAAAUCCAAGAAAACUAAAACCCUUUGAGGUAAGUUGAUCUCCACUGUUUGGUAUUGUGUUUGGUCAAUGAAUAAAAUGAUAGGAUUAUUUGUACAGGAAAUACUUGAGAAUGUAAUUUAUUACAAUAGACUAUUUAGAGAGUAGAGAAAGUUUUUGAAUAAAUUAAAAAGUUAAUACAGUAGGAACCUCUUUAAUCCGAACUAAUUGGAACAAGGGGAUGUACGGAUUACAGAACAUAUUGUUGUUUUUACAUAACAAUAUGUAAAAUUUAGCUAAAAUGGAUCGUAAUUGUUACGGGAAAAGUGAAAAAUGUUUGAUAAAGUAAAAUACAGUGUUUAUUUAAUACACUCGUAAACAUAGUGAAUAAACAGUACUGUACAUCACAGUAGAAACAAUUACGGUGCGUAUAUCAAUAAAUAAACCCAUUAGACCUAUACAACAAAGAACUACUGUACUGUGUAUAGGGUACAGCAAUGAGGCGUUCCGAUUAGUGGACGUUCGGAUGAAGGGAGUUCGGAUUAAAGAGGUUCUACUCUAGAAGAAACAAAUAGAGGCACUUUAAAUGGUAGACAAGCUUUGAAAUUCCUUUCUAAAAAAAAUUCUGGCCUCUGUGAUCUCGACCACUUGACGACAAGCAGUAGGUUUUAAAUUUUGGCCAACAAAAACCAUAGUACAGUUCGCAUCUCACGACUAGUGUCUGAGGUACAAUUAUUGCAGCACAAUUUACUUAAAUAUUGCAACAAUGGGCGCUAUGAUGGUUGAAAAGUCAGCGAGAAGGCGAACAUGUUUGAACUUGAAAGAGAGCAAUUGCCACACGUCUAGCGGCCUUAGAUAGAAACUUUCCUUACUCUUUGAAUAGCCCUUGUACAUAGAAAUUAAAUAUAUUUUGCUAAUUUCUUUUAUAUGUUUAGGUAUUAGUAAUCCUGAAUAAGAUUUGCUCACUGGUGAUGACGUUGAUGAAGCUUUGAUAGAGCAGGGUUACCUUGCUUAAGAAAAAAGACUUUUAGUACCUUUGUCAUCUCAUAUUUUUUGCAAGAUAUUUUAAAUGCGAAAGUGCUUUUAUUCAGUAUUUGUUUAACAACUAACGUCAAAAAUUUACCGUGUUGUUUAGAGCAUAAAAUGUUCAUCUUUUAAAAUAAUUAAUGUGAUUAAAAUCUGCUACAGUUAUACCAAAUUGAAAAUAUGUAUGUUUUCCUAAAUGAUUUUAAAGAUCUGUGACAAAUAAUUUAUUUCCAUUCAGCCUGUAAAAAAUUGUUUGUUGGGAACUGGAAACAAUGCUGCAGCUUGUUGCUGAAGCUGGCAAAGUGUUCUUUAAGGUUUUUAAAAAAUAUUUAUCUGUGAUCCUAAUGUUAGCAGUAAAAACAUGUUGGAAAGCUGCUCUUCUUUUGCCAAAUCAGUAUUGUCUCUUGUAAACCGUACAUUUUUUAAACGAGUCUAAUUUUAGGAUUCAAUUUUAAUUAUAUAUAUAUUGUACAUUAUCAUGACUGAUGUUAUUUAAAGUGAUAUAAAUAAUGUUAAUGUUACCAAUGUAAAACAGUACUUGU